UGAUAUAAUCAGUACUGUUCAAAUAGUACCUGGAGUAGCCGGUGCAAUUCCUUCAGUUCAUCAUUUAAAACACACUAUACGAAGAGUUCGAAAAUGUAACCAAUGCGCACCAUCUAUUCCGAAAACACUGCUUUGGCCUAUGUUCCACCAGAUAACGUAAUUAAUGCAUACGAAGAAAUUUUAGAAACACAAUUUUAUGUGGAAAACGAAGACUUGGUAAUGCCAUUCUUGGAUUAUUUCGAGGAUAACUGGGUAGGAAAAAUAACAGAAAGACGAAAAACUCGACGACAACCAAGACAUCCUACUGAUAUUUGGAAUUGUCACUAUUCAGCCAAAAAUGGUCUUCCAACAACAAACAACACUGUUGAAGGGUGGCACAGAGGAUUUACAUCUGUUAUUGGAGCAAGCCACCCUAUUAUAUGGAAAGUCAUAGAUGGAAUUAAGAAAGAUCAAAAUAUAGAAGAAUUAAAACGAGAGCAGUAUAAUGCUGGAGAACAACCACGGAAAAAAAAAAGUACAAGGACUGUAAUGAAAGAAUUCAUGCAUUAG